AGCCCGGCGCUAUUUACCAGCUGCCCGGCUGGUCGCUGCGCUCAGCGCUCUCUGCCCGCACCAUGGCAACCUUCGUGGAACUCAGCACCAAGGCCAAGAUGCCCAUCGUGGGUCUGGGCACCUGGCAGUCUCCCCCAGGCAUGGUCAAAGAAGCCGUGAAGGUGGCCAUCGACGCGGGCUAUCGCCACAUUGACUGUGCCUAUGUCUACCAGAAUGAGAAUGAGGUGGGCGAAGCCAUCAAAGAGAAGAUCCAGGAGAAGGCUGUGAAGAGGGAGGACCUCUUCAUCGUCAGCAAGUUGUGGCCCACCUUCUUUGAUCGACCCCUAGUGAAGCAAGCGUUUCAGAAGACCCUCCGGGACCUGAAACUGGACUACCUGGACCUUUAUCUUAUCCACUGGCCACAGGGAUUACAGGCUGGGGAGGUCCUUUUACCGAAAGAUGAUAAAGGGAAUAUAAUCCCCAGUAAGGUCACAUUCUUGGAUGCCUGGGAGGCCUUGGAGGAGCUGGUGGACGAGGGAUUGGUGAAAGCCCUCGGGGUGUCCAACUUCAACCACCUCCAGAUCGAAAAGAUCUUUAACAAACCCGGACUUAAACACAAGCCAGUGACUAACCAGGUUGAGUGCCACCCCUACCUCACCCAGGACAAGCUGAUCGAGUACUGCAAGUCCAAAGGCAUGGUUGUGACUGCUUACAGCCCUCUGGGGUCUCCUAAUAGGCCUUGGGCCAAGCCAGACGAGCCUGCCCUGCUGGAGGACCCCAAAUUAAAGGAGAUCGCUGCAAAGCACAAAAAGACCACAGCUCAGGUUCUGAUCCGGUUCCACAUCCAGAGGAAUGUGGUCACAAUCCCCAAGUCUGUGACGCCUUCACGCAUCAUUGACAAUUUUAAGGUCUUUGACUUUAAAUUGAGUGAUGAAGACAUGGCGACCAUCUUAAGCUUCAACAGAAACUGGAGAUUAUGCAACAUAGACGGCUCGGCUCACUUGGAAGAUUACCCCUUCCGCGAAGAAUAUUGAAGCGGAAUCUCUCCUUCCAUAAUGGUCCUGCGGAAUUCCCCACUCUCUUCUGGCCUGAAGUGUAACUCUCUGCCAGAGUCCUGUUUUCUCCCGGCAGAACUGAAGUCCCAGGCUGUGCUGCUUCUAGAUGGAUCCGGUCAACCAAGAACAAACCCUGACAGGGAGAUUUAACUCUGACAGCAAAUCAGAGUUGGUUGGUUUGUUUUCUCCCUCCCGCCCCCAUGUAUUUGGUCUGAUUGUAGGGAACUCUGCUAAGACCAAGGACACAAAGAAUAAAAAGA